GUUGCACUUUGUAGACGGUCCCUGCGCGCUGCGCUCAAAGCCGGCUGCACGUAAACACCAAUGUUCUUGGUGUGGCUCAGAGGACGGCUCAUUUUGAUGAAUAUUAUGUUGUAGCUCGUUGUCUAUCUUACUACGAUUGAAAAUAUGUGUGUUUUGUGUUUUAACAACGUUUCACUUAAGAGUUACUGAUCCCGGAAGUUCGAAUCUGCCAAUAUCUUUCCUCUCCUGUGGCGCAGUUGUUUUUCCCACUUAAAGAAUAAAUAUGGAGAGCAAAGAUUCCUGCAGAUCCAUGGCGUCCCCCAGGCCCUCAAGGUCAAACGGUUUCGUCCCAGAUAUCAAAGAAGGAUCUGUUCACAACACCACAGCAAAAAGCAGAGAGGGCUCUGACUCCAACGUGUCCUUCAAGGAUGAUCGGUCAAAAGAGAACAUCCUCAAUUUCAAUGACAGAUCCCCUUGCAAGAAUUUGCGGAGAGCAACAGAAAGCAGAGGGUCCUGUGAGUCCAGUGUGUCCAUCAAGAGUGAUCGGUUUCAUUUCAUCCCUGAUUACAUAGACAGAUCCCCUCUCAAAGUGAUAAACCAUGAGUGCUCCCCUGCUAGGUCAACAAGACCCAGCCUUAAUAUUCAAGAGAGAUCAUCACACAGAUCCCUUGUAGAAGAGUCACCUUCCCCGGGCAUCAGCUAUGCGUCUGUCAAGAGGGAUAAUUCACAAGGUCGCAUUGCAAAUGUUAAAGACACACUCCCCGCUCCUAAAGAGAAGUCGGACUUUUCUAUCUUCAAGGACCCUGUGUCAGAUGAUGAAGAUUCGGUCGAGUCUUCAGACGACCUAACCAGUGUGAAAAGUGGAGAGCUCUCUGACUCCAGCUUGUCCUUCAAGAGUGAUCGGUCAAAAGACUAUAUCACUAAUUUCAACAACACAUCCCCCUCCAGCAGCCAAGAUCUUUCUACCUCAGAGCUGGAGGACAUUGACCAUAAUGAAGAAUCGGACGAGUCUUCAGAUGAUGAUCUGGAAAAGACGGUCGUGGAGCGUGGUGUCUGAAGGCGGAUGGAUACAUCGUUGAGCUUGCAUCGCUAUUCUACGCAUAAUGAUUUAUACCGCUGUGCUUCAAGCUUUGCAGGUUUUUUAGCUCAGAUCAUUAAUUUGGCCUCUGAUAUGUAUAUAUAUAUGUAUUUUUUAUACUUUUAUACAUUUCAAUCACUGAAUCCUUAAAAUCAGUGAAUAAUAAAAUAAUGCUAAUUUAA